GUGACGCGAGAGAAGAGCGAGCUAAGAGCCGCCGCGGUGGAUUGUGGGAUGUUCUAGCUUGUCUUUACGGGGACCGUCGUUCGUUUUUCCCACGGUUACAAAAAUGGACGCGGGAUUUUUCCGCGGAACCAGUGCGGAGCAGGAUAACCGCUUCAGUAACAAGCAUAAGAAGUUGUUAAAGGAGCUGAAGUUUGCAGAAUGUCUGGAGAAAAAGGUGGACAUGAGCAAAGUAAACCUGGAAGUCAUCAAGCCGUGGAUAACGCAGCGCGUCACAGAGAUCCUUGGCUUUGACGACGAUGUUGUUGUCGAGUUUGUCUUCAACCAGCUGGAGGAGAAGAAUCCAGAUGGUAAGAUGAUGCAGAUUAACCUGACUGGCUUUCUGAACGGGAAGAACGCACGUGAGUUCAUGAAGGACCUCUGGCCCCUGCUGCUGAGCGCUCAGGAGAACAUCGCUGGAAUCCCGUCUGCUUUUCUCGAGCAGAAGAAAGAGGAGAUCAAGCUCAGACAGGAGUCGCUGGCGGUUAUGAAGAAGGUAGAUGAGGAUAAGAGGGACAGAGAGAGCAAAGAGAAAGCUCAGUCCAGGAGUCCCAAACGGAGAAAAUCUCGUUCACCAGUGAAGCGCGAAAGGAAACGCAGCCACUCUCGCUCGCCUCGACGCAAACCCAGCCCACCAGCUCUGCCUGUGCCCAGUCCACCCAGUCACAAACCUGAGCCCCAGCCUGAACCUGACCAAUCAGAGAGCUCCAAACCGGAACCUCUGAUACAGGAGGCUUCCUCUACCAGUGAUUUGGUGAGCGACGCAAAGCCGGAUUCAGUUUCCGAGGUUCCUAAGGACGUGUCUCCGGAGAAACCUGCAAAGACUGAGGACAAACCGAAACCGAGAGACAGGGAGCGUGAGCGGGAGAAAGAUGCUCGUCGAGAUCGUCCACGCCAUCGCACGCGGUCUCGCUCACCCCGCCCCCGACGACGUCAUCGGUCACGCUCUAGAUCUUACUCGCCUCGGCGCAAACCGAGUCCGAGGAGACGCAUGUCCCCCAGACGGAGGAGUCCCCCGAGACGCCCACCUCCUUCCAGACACAGACGUAGCCGCUCACCUGCCCGCAGGCGACGUUCACGCUCUCGCUCGUCCUCAGGCAGCUCUUCCUCGCGCUCGCCUCAUAAAAGGCCUGUUAAACGCAGCUCUGUUACACCACCCAGAAAACAACCACGCCGCACUGAUACUUCCACUAGCCCCAGUAGGAGGCGCCGCAGUCCCUCGGGUUCGAAUCGGCGACCUCCUGGACGAAACGAGUCGCCGUCUCCUGCUCCGAAACCCAGACGAUCAGACCUGUCAGAAUCCGAGGAGGAUAAGCUGGGGAAGGGGGCAGCGGUCGAUUCCGUUCAGCAGCGGCGACAGUAUCGCAGACAGAAUCAGCAAUCAUCUUCAGAGACUGGAUCAUCCUCCUCAUCCUCAGAGGAUGAAGGACCAAGGAGGUCUGGAAGAGGGCCACCAGCAAAGAAUGGUGACAUCAGGAGGAGGCGGAGUCACUCACCCGUGUCGCCUAGGAGACGCCACCGGGAUGCAUCACCUAGGAAGAGACGUUCUCCGUCUCCUCGACGUCACCGCUCGCCUUCCCCCAGGCGUCGUAGGUCACCAUCACCUCCACCCAGGCGGAGGUCUCCCUCGCCCCCUCCUCGCCGCUACUCCCCGCCAAUCCAACGGCGUUACAGCCCCUCACCUCUUCCUGCUCACAAGAGACGCGCUUCUCCCUCACCUGCUCCACCGAAGCGUAGUAGUCCUCGGUCGUCUUCCUCUCCUCCUCCACGUUCGCGCCGUAGCCCACCCAUGUCAUCCUCAGGGCGUCAGAGCAGCCCUCAGGGCAGGUACCCGCCCGCAGGGGCGUCCCCACAGCGACGGGGGCAAUCUCCCGUUCACGGCAGAGCCAUCCGCAGGGUGUCGCGUACACCUGAGCCACGUAACACACAGAGAGGUUCUCAGAGUCCACGGCCGAUGAGAAGACAGUCGUCUCGGUCACGCUCUGCCUCUCCCGACCGUUUCCCAGCAUCCUCUGCGGGAGCCUCCGGGACUCUCAAGAGGCCGGCGUCUGCAUCCCCAUCUCCUUCUCCCACCCGCUCAGCCAGUGGCUCUCCACCUCCACCACCUCCUCCAGCCAAAAAGGCCAGCAGUGCCUCUCGAAGCCCCUCCCCUAACAAGGGUUCUGAUGUAGAGGUUGGCAAGAAAAAGAAGAAAAAGAAGGAGAAGAAACACAAGAAGGAAAAGAAACACAAAAAACACAAGAAGCACAAGAAGGAGAAAGGCAGCGCUGCACCGUCAGGGGAUACACAGGACAACGCUCGGGUGGAGGAAGAGCAUGAAUCCGAUCAGAAAAAGGAAUCAGAGAGCGAAGUAGAGGACAGUCUGGAUGAUCUGGAGAAGCACCUGAGGGAAAAAGCUCUGCGCUCCAUGAGGAAGGCUCAGAUGUCCCCCUCACAGUCAUGAGAAUCCUCCCAGUCCUUUCUCUAUUUUUGUUCUCUUUUUUUUUUCUUCUUUUUUUUUUUCCCCCUUCUUCUCAGUACAAACUUUGAGGAGUUCACACACGAUAUUGAUAUGGCGGUAACUUUAUUUUUUCAUGCAGUUUGUGUUGAAAUUUGCAGCAUGUUAUGUUUCUUCAUCAACUAAAAGAAAAAAAGAAAUGCCGAUUUCCCCCCCCUUCCCUUUCUCAUUCUUUUGUUCCUUCAACUGAUGGUAACUGAGAUCGAGAGUCAGUCUGUAGAUUUUUUUUCCCCCCCUUUAUAACCUUACUCAGUGUUUUAUUUUACUUUUUUUUCUUGGUUGGGGUAGAUCUGUGUUUAUUCCCGUGUGCAUGUCCCAUACGGUAAAAAUACAAACACACACACUGUGCAAAACAGAGAACAAGUGAGAACUUUGUUUCUUCUCCUAAUGUUUGUUUUGUAAUGAAGUUGUUUCAAAUUGUUCAAACAUUUCUGGCUUUGAAAAAGUCACAUUAAACAAACGACAAAAAGACUAA